AGCCGUCGGCUCAAUGGGUGUUCCACCCCACCAGUUAAUACUAUCCUGAGCGGGUUGCCAAAUGGGCAACCCAUUUGCCAGCCCAGGCCAUUUUCGGCGCGGCCAUGUGCCAUCGGCCAUUGUACUUUUUAGGCCUGCUGCUCUCCUGGGGCGUCUGCGGAACGCAUCGCCGCCGUGCGGGCAGCUCUGCGGGGUGGUACUACCAGAUGUGCGGAGGAUCAGACUCGGUGAAGAGCUUCACCAGUCAAGCUGACAUGGUCAAGGCCGGUUGGGUCUUCAGCUGGGACGACAGCAGCCUGUGGGACGCCUCCGGCACCUACCCCAGCGCCUACCGCGGCUCCUCCUCCUCCGGGGACGGCGCGGUGUCGAUACAGCUGGCCGGGAGCGGCGUGGUGGCAGUGACUUAUGGGAGCGACUCCACUGGCACGGUGAGCGUAAAGAUGAACGACCAGGUGAAGGGCACGGCCUCCGCCAACACGGUCUCCCAGACGGUGGAGCUCAGCUUCAACACAGGUGACGUGCUGGCGAUCCAGGAGUCCUCGUCCAUCAUCCUCCUUCAGUCGAUCGACUUCAUUUGUGAUGUGACCUCCGCGAAUGUACCGGUGUGGGCAUACCCGGAGACCGUGUCGGCCACCCUCCCCUAUGACAUGGGGGUGCAGUCCAGCUUGAAUCUGAACUCCAACUCCUACACCCUAAUGAUGUGGCUGAAGCAAGGCGCCUCCGAACCGGACGACUCCAUCAUCAUCGGCCAGCACAUCGACACCUCCACGACCACCACCUCGACCUCCAUCACCGUCACAGCGACCACAGUGACAGUCUCCACCAGCACCACCACUCAGACGCAGCUCUGCUCCUGGGACGAGAUCCCCGGGGUGUACUCCCCAGGCUUCGCCAGCGGCCUGGAGGAGGUCUUUGACCUGUACGGCGCCAAGGAGAAGUGCAAGUCGCUGGGCUCCAGCAGCUGCAAGGCGGUGACCUGCCGAGGGGAGGGGGUCACCUGCACCGUGCGCAGCAGCGCAGACCUCUUUGGGAGCGCGUAUGGGGAGAACAGCUACGUGCCGAGCUCCCUCUGCUAUUUGGGGGGGUACCGCAACACUGUGACCAACAUCAAUAGCGGGGUAGGUUGCACGGACACCGCCACGGGCACGGGCUUCAUCAUGUUCUCCGGGCAGGACAUCCGGUCCAGGUUCUCAGCCGCCAACUGGGCGGAGGGAAACGCGGACCAGUUCGUUUGCGUCAAGUACGACGGCGGCUGGCAGUACGACAGCAACGACGGCUUCGUGGCCUUUAGUCCGGAGGACUCCGACGUGCUGGUGGCGUCGGUGGACUUCGACGCCGAUAGUGUCACCAGCCUGGCGGGGAUGGAGGAGUAUGACAACUACGUGACCAAGGGCUUCAACAGCGGCGACCUCACCUUCUACGCGAACAAGUACGGGGAUGCCAGCACUGCGAACGUCGGGGAGUUCUUCAUCUCGGGCAGCUACUUCGUGGCGCAGUCCAUCGAUUUCGUGAGCUACCCCACAGACUUCGUGAAGAGCACGGGGGCCAAUGCCCCCUCGGAGUUCGCCUCCGGCACGCAGAAGGUGGACUACUACCAGUACCAGAACAGCGCGGGGACGGAGGUGCACAUGCAGGUCCUGAGCUACUACACGGGCGCCGACUCGGACCUAUGGAAGAUCUUUGACGGCGAUAUGUCGAGCUCUGUGAAGGUGCAGGAGCCGGAUCUGCUGUGGGAGGGCGAGCAGGUGGCGGCGAAGGUGCACUCCGUGACGCUGUACACGACCAGCAGCGGCAACAGCUACACGGCAUACUGGCGGACCUCCGAUUUCGUCUCCAGCGCGUGGAGCACAGGCACCGUGCAGAGCGCUACGGCGAACUGGGUGCAGGUGGGGUCCUACUACCGUUGGGAGUUGCCCAUCAAGGCCACGACCAUGAAGCUGGAGAUCCACCUCCGCGGCAGCGGCCUAGACUUCGACGGGGCCCCGGACGGCGCCAGCCACGCCACGAGGUCCUUCGAGUUCAGCGGUUUCGAGGUGAACUUGCGGCACUCAGUGACCACCACCUCGGUGACGGCGACGGUCACCAGCACCACCAAGUCGCGGACGCAGACCACCACCACCGUGUCCACCAGCACCAUCACGGCGACCACCACCACGGUCACGGCUUACCCCUCCGUGGCCUUCGACGAGCUGAGCGGGUACACCUGCAGCGACACGCCCACCUCCUCCGGCCUCACCUCCGCCACGCUGGACGCAUGCAAGCUGGCGUGCUUCAGUAGCUCCACGUGCAAGGGCUUUGUCUACACCGCCACCGGCGGCUCGGUGACGGACAACUGCCAGCUGCUGGCGACGGUGGCCUCGGUGUCCACGUCCUCCACGGAGACCUGCUACCUGCGAGUGGCGCAGGGCAUGUGCCCCUACUCGUACCAGUACGCCUUCUAUGUGAACAGCGACUACUGCUGCAAGACCAACAAGGAGAAAGACGACGGCUCGGGCGCCAGCUGCGAUGGCAGUGCGCUGCAUGCCAGCGGCACCGUGUCCAUGUGCUGCGAGGGCGACGACUUCCAGGUCUGCGAGAACCCGCCCUGUGCAGACUACCAAUCGUACACCAGCGCAACCAUGCACGGCACCGCCACCAUCUCCUACGUGGCGCUUCAAACGACCACAGUGACCACCGCGACGACGACAGUGACCACCGCGACUGCGACAGUGACCAGCACGACAGUGAGCGCCACGACAUCGAUCAGCACGACAGUGACCACCGUGACGGCGACAGUGACCACCGUGACGGCGACAGUGACCACCGUGACCACCUCGAUGUCGACCACCUCGACGUCGACCACCGAGACGGCGACCACGGUAACGGCGACUGUCACCACUGUCACGGUCUCAUCUACGUCCACCGACUCGUUGACAUCAACGACCAGCACUACGGACUCUACAACAUCCUUGACAGCCACCUCCUCUUCCACAUCCACAGACAGCAGAACUGUGACUUCAACCACAUCGUCAGUGACUUCAACCACAUCGUCAGUGACCACCACCACAGCGAGCACCACCGUAACAAGCAGCACCACAGUGAGCACCACCACGGUGAGCACCUCCACGGUGAGCACCACCACUACAUCCAAAACCAGCACCAUAACGAGCAGCACCACUGCUUCCCACACCACAACGGCCACCACCACUUCGGUAACAACCACGUCACAGUCCAGCACAAGCUCCACAACCACCUUUAUGUCGCCUCGCUACCUCUACUGGGACACCGUCACCCCGAAGCUGAGCACGGAGCUCUUUCGGGAGAACGACGCCUACCUCUGGACGGUGAUCUUUGUGAGCACGGGCUCUGUGCGGCUGAAGAACGUAGGCACCAGCAGCUACCUGGCGGUGUCGGGCUCCAGCCUGGUGCUGGAGACCGCCGGCAGCUCCGCGGGGCUCUGGGCCUACGUCACGGACGCGGAGGGCCUGGUGACGCUGAAGAACUCCGACGCCGACAAGUAUUUGUGCACCAACUUCGACCCGGACCUGCAAGCCAGCUGCUCGGGUGUGAAUUGGAUCGUGUCCCUGGUCACGAACAGCGUCUCCGCCUCCGUGUUCACCUCCGUGACAGCGACGUCCACCUCGCUCACCGGAACCACCACGACAGUGACUUCAGUCACCGCCACGGAGACCAGAACUUCGGUGUCCACUACUGCCACCUCCACUUUGACCACCUACACAGUCACAGCUACCUGGACCACCUGGACCAGCACCAGCAUCUCCUCCACCAAGACCAGCACGAUCACCACCACGGUAGUCACCGCCACCACGGUCACCGCCACCCUCACCAUGACCACCACCACCACUGCGACGGCCCAGUUUGCGAGGACGCGCUUGGACUUGUCCCUCAAGAGCGGCCGGUAUUAUAUCAGCCACUACUUGCACGAGUGCCACUCGGAUACGUCGCUGACCAAGAACGUGUGGCAGCACGUGGCCUUCGUCUAUGACUCCGUGGCAAAGACCCAGAAGAUCUACAUCGACGGCGCGUUGGACAAGACCUGCACUGACAUCGACUCGCUGAACGCGGACGACAGCAACAAGUUCUACCUGGGUGGAGCCGUCCAAAGGGGUGUCACUGCCACCUGGACGGGCUCCCUCGCGGAUGUGAACAUCUUCCUCGAGGUCUUGACGUUGAACCAGGUGAGCCUUGCCCGGCUCAGCGCAUGCUACUUGCUGCCAGGAACGGACUGCCGCGCCGAGCGUCAUGCCUGGCACAUGAAGGGCACCUGCCUUGUGUCUGCGGACGUCAGCGGCUUAUCCCCCAAGACAUGCAGCCAGUUCUGUGGGACCUACGGGCUGCAGUGCUUGAAGGCGGCCGCGGUGUCCAGCAGCGGGUCCUGCAGCAUGUCGGGCUCCGACACCGCAUACCAGUCCCAGACGGAGUAUGGCUGCACGGAGGUGAGCAACUACCAGCUGUGCGAGUGCUACUCUGCAACUUGGCCCCCGGCGUUGGUGAACCCCGCCAGCACCGCGCGGACCUACUCGAGCUCCACGAACGGCGCGUUGGGCGCUCUGGAUGACACCUCCGGGGUGCAGAUGUGGAGCCCGGACACCACCACGGACGAGUACAUGAUCAUCGACGUGGGCUCCAACAAUCACUUCGUCUGCGGCGUGGUGUCCCAGGGGAGCGGCAGCACCAGCAACUGGGUGCAGAGCUUUGAGGUGGAUAUCAGCGAGGACAGCACCAACUACGUGCCCAUCGCCGGGGUCUUCCCGGGCAACGUGGAUGCCGCCACCCACAAGGUGACCAAGUUCCCCCUGCCGAUGCGAGCGCGCUACGUGCGGCUUUGGCCGGCCAGCUCCCAGCUCUCCACCUUCGCCAUGCGCGCGGGCCUGGUGACCUGCGGCCCCCUGCGCGCGGGGAAGUCCGCCAACCUGGCGCCCUCCGCAGGCAUUACCUGCGACUCUUCUGUCUCGAGCUGCGGUAGCGCCGUCACGGACGGGACCAAGUGCACGGACGCCUCGGCCUACAGCGGGGCACUGGCCACCGCGACCGCGGAGUUCUGCACCUCGCAGUACUGGGUGCAGCUGGACCUAGGACAUCCUCUGGCCAGCUCUCCCUUUGCCACACCCACCAAGUUGGUGAACAAGGUGGUACUCUUCGGGUGCGAAGGCCUCAUGUACUGCGGCCGGAAGUUGGAGACCUCCAGCGACGGCUCCACUUGGGCGACGGUUCGGGAGGCCAGCACCUACUACGAUGACGAGACUGCGCCGACUGCCGCCUAUGAUGAAGUGGAGGGUAGCUAUGGCACAAUUUUCGUCUUCGACCUCAGGGCAGUGCGCUAUGUCAAGGUCUGGUCGAGCUUCAGCGAGAGUGACACCAAGGUGCACUUUGCCGAGAUUGAAGUCUACGAGGAGGCUCCAGAGCUGUCCUACCAGUUUGAUACCGAGCUGUCCAGCACCAAAGUCACCAUGGGCAACUUGAACGACCUGGGCCUUGCCAGCGGGGACUACACGUUCAUGACCUACUGGAAUUCUGGCAGCCUCACUGCCAAUAGCCAGUAUCCGCUCUUUGGGCAGACGCAGACCAGCGGCUUGAACUUUUACCUCACGGAGACUGCCACGGACACGGUGAAGUUUGAGCAGCAGCUGGACGGGGGCAACGGCUGCAGCACGGGCACAGCCACCGCAAACUCAGCCUGGAACCACGUGGCCGUGGUGUACUCCGCCUCGGGCAAGACCUCAUCGUUCUAUCUGAAUGGCCAGGCCUACUCCAGCCCGACGUGCACAGACUACACCGUGGCGGAUGGGGCUGUGGAGUACGGCGGGGGCAGGGGUCAGGGCACCUGGGCGGGGCAGAUCAAGGAGGCCAAGAUCUACGCCAAGGCCAUUGGUACGGAGGACUUGCUGAAUUACAGUGGCUGGUGCAGGAGCUACACCUGCAGCGCGGCCUACCGCCGCACCUCCGAGCGCCGCCGCAGCAGCUGCAGCACCACCGGCUGCUCAGAUGCGGAGUGCUGCGAGGCAUGGCCUACCUGCUCCGACGCCGUGUGCACGGUGAAUUCCAAGUACACCUCGCGGCGCCGGGAGUACUGCUUCCGCAGUUGCACGGAGACCUUGUGCUGCACGGAGCGGGAGAAGAGCACCUUCACGCUCACGGGCACGGAGACCCCCACCGUGGCCGUGAGUUCCAGCGCCUGGGUGGAUGCAGGCUCCGCGUGUGCGGAUCAGUUCAGCGAGGCCCUGCCCGUGACCACCAGCGGCACGGUGGAUCGUACCACUGUGGGGAGCUACACCGUGACCUACCAAUGCACCAAGCACGAGGGAGGUCACGUCUUCGAGACCAAGACGCGCACCGUGGGCGUGGUGGAAAGCAUGUACAUCAAUCCCGCCUUGUACUGGACGGUGCAGCGAGAGGCUGGAUCCUGGACGGACACGGUGUCCAAGUGCUACGACACCUCGGACACGUUCGAUGCCGACAUCGCCGACAUGCACCAGUCCAUCACUUGGGAUGCGAGCACCCGACUCUUCUUUGGAACCUCCGGCGGGGUAGAGACCAAAACCUACACGGUCACAUACAGCUGCUCCCUCACGAGCGUUUCGGAGGCGAAGACGCUGACAGUGCGGGAUGCGAUACGUUUGUAUGGCCCCGACCCGCACGUGCUGCGUGCCGGCCGGCUGCGCUGGAACGAGGGCGCCUGCGAGAUCUGCGACACCACCAACAAGAAUCCCGGCGGCAGCGCCUGCACUGCGUCCAGCGACAACUCCAGCGUGACGGAGUGCACGCUCACCGGCACAGGCUGGAAGGCCGAGUCCACGGCCACGGCGGGGGUGUACUUGCAGAUCGACCUCGGCGCCAGCGAGAAGGUGGCAGGCGUGGUCACCAAAGGUCACUCCAGCGAAGAGGCGUGGAUCAAGACGUACACAGUGCAACACUCCACAGAUGGGUCCAGCUGGACGGACGUGUCGGGCACUUACACGGCAAAUGUGGACAGAGACACAGACGUGGAGAACAUGUUGCCGGCCACGGUGGAUGCCCGAUACUGGCGGAUUGUGGCCCAGACCUUCGAGAGCGUGGCGGCCGCCCGGGCGGCCUUGAUCGUGUGCAGCAGCACCAGCUCCAGCACGGACUCCCACUGCAUGUGCGGCUACGUGGCGGCCCCAUCCUCGGUGGCCUGCCGCACCGACGUCACGGCGGACUGCAUCGACGCCACCGGCACCAGUGCGACCAUCACGGUGAGCCCGUCGACCAUUUCAGCCAUGUCCCCCACGGAGCAGACUGUGAGCUACAGCUGCGCGGGGAACACCUACACGCGCGGGGUGAAGAUCCGGAACGCCAUCGACCUGAACGGCGCCAGCUCCAUGGUCAUCCCCGCGGGGGUCUCCGGC